CCCGCGCCCGAGCCAGGCGGCACCACUGCAGGUCGCUGCUCAGAUAUCUGCUCAUGGAAGCGCACUGCAAUUCUUCUUGCUUGUAUUAGUAUUGUAGCAGUCAUCCUGAGUUUUUACUUGGGAGUUAAAUCAUCAGGCAAGAACUCUACUGUCUCACCUGCUGUGAAUCCCUGCCCUGCUGACUGGCUGUGUUACCAAAAUGAAUGUUACUACCUGUCGGAGCAAGAAAACAACUGGAACUCCAGUCAGAGAGAUUGUUCCUCCAGGAAAGCCUCCCUCUUUGUGCCUAAAAACCAACAGGAACUGCAGUUUAUAACACAAAUAACAAAGCAAGAUCCCUGGAUUGGACUUUACAAGAGAGGAGAAGACUUAUUUUGGGUAAAUGGAACUGCAAUGAAUAAGAAUCUGUGGCAAGUGAAACGUUCAGGAGAAUGUGCCUACAUUGAAUCUGAAGAAAUCUCGUUCUCUGGGUGUUCUUUAACCAGGAACUGGGUCUGUAAAAAGACCCAUAACUUGGGACCACCUGGCCUUUCAUACAUAACUUCAUGACCAGCUGGCAACUGCAGCAGCUGACAGUGUUGGGGACCUACUCCUUGUCUUUUCCUGUUUCCCUGGCUCAUGCCCAUUCCCUUUUUCACUGCCAGCCUGUACCUCCUGUGUUCUAAGUGGGUACUGCCGAUCUUUGAAGGAAACCCCUGUUGCUUCUUCAUGUUUACUGGGGAGACUCUUCUGGAGUAAUUCAGGUUAGUUGCCAGGCACUUGGUGCAAUCAGCCUAUAUCCUUUGCUCUUAUUUUAAUCAAGUUCUCUCCUACUCACCCCUUUUGGAGCAUCCUGGGCAGCUCUUCUCUUCCCCUCCUUUCUCGUGAUCCCACACACUUGGCAAGUGUUAUCAUCAGCUCCAUUUAGCUACGCCAUGUGUGUCAGUGUAAAUGUUUGUCAGACAUCCUGCAUUUGUGGAGGAGGUUGGGCUGGUGGGAGAUUUUUGAGGCACCUUCCACUUCUGUGGUUCUAUAAGAUGUUCUUAUCUAGUUAUUCUAGUGUUUCCUGUCUAAUCCUCUCUUCCUCUCAAUAACUGAAACCUUUGCACCUUUUCUUUCUGAUUUCAGUACAACUUGCACUACUAAUGUAGGAUUCCUUAUUUAACACUAUCUGGUUUGGAAAGAGGCAUGGAACAUCACUACUAUGAAGUUUUAUGGGAUAUGUCUUCAUAUGCAUCUCCAAGUUCUUCUGGAAAUUGAAUUAGCCAUUUUGUUUGUCAUUAGCAAUGUCUAAUUAGCUGCUUACUAACACUACUAGAUCCCUUUCAAUACACUGCAUUCUGGGUUUCCUUUCCACUAAAUACACAAUAACAAAUAUAAUCUGGAGAAAGAGUCAGAAACAAAAACUUCACUAGGACUUGUGAGACAAGUUGUUUCCAGGCAGAAGUGAAAUGCAUUGGACCGUCAGUAAUAUCUCUCUUGCCUCUAGAAAGGUAGGAAAGAGAGACAAAACAAUUAAUGGUAAGAAUUGCCCCUCCCAAGGCUGGUGAUGUGCUCUCGAGGCCUUUUCUGCUGCCUCCAGCUGUGGGUUUCCAUGUGAGUAGUGUUUCCACUGAAAUGGUCAGUUUUUCCUGUACCUGCUUUGCCCUGUAUUCUGAUACCAACCCUUAUGUAGCAUUCACGCUUUCCUCAUGGUUUGGUCAAAGUUGAGCACCUUCCUCCACGGCUCUCCCAGUGGACCAGAUGAUGCUCAGCAGAGCACAGGCAUGAGCUGAGGACUGCUGAAGAAGUGUGUGCUGGAGACAUAAAGCCCUUUCUCCCUGGAGACAGUGGACCUCAUUGGGGCAUGGCAUGACUGCCUGUGGAGCUGUCCCUGGGAAGCACCGCUUGCCACUAUCUUCUUGGUGUGUCCUAAAGAUAAGUGGAACCUGUGGGACAAGUUGAACAAGUCAGUGAAAUGUACAGGAAGAGAGAGACUUGUGGGUCCACAAAGAGCAAAUUAUGGAACUCAUUUCUAUUUUCAGAUAUUUCACUAAUGGGAAAAUUUGAUUGGUGCUGCCUUAAUACAAAACUUAUGCUUCAGUAUCAUUGUACCUUAUAAAUGCAGCGUGCCUUUAAUACAUUUAGAUGCAUUAUUUUUAGAGAGGUAAGAAAAUCUUCCUACAAAACAGUGACCUUUCAGCUGUGUUCAGAGUGGAAAGGGAGAGGUCUGUGAGCCAUGAAGCAAGAACUUCACCAUGAUCAGGUGACUGGUGUGCUCUAGUGACUGCUUCCAGCUGAUCAUACUGCCCUCAUUGCUUCCUUGUGUUUCCUUUCCUGUUCUCAUUCCACUACCCACUCCCCACUCCCUUGCUUUCCCUGGCUGAGUUAAUAACCUCUUUGAGAUGAAGACUGUGCUUUUGUUACAUAUGAGUGCUAUGGGGCUCAGGUCACUGGCUGCUGUUGCCGUGCAACCCUCUUUCAACCUGGACUGAAGAAUGGGAGUUGGGCAGUUCCUGAAACUGCAUAACUUGGUACCAUAAUGCUUGGUUCCAGGACAUCUAGACGAUACCUUUCCUUUGGUGUUUCAGGAUCCCAUGUGGGGGAAACUGUCCAAAGGUGUGUCCUGAAAGGUGUAUCCCUGAGUGACAUGAGGCAGGACCAGUUCCCAUUUAGGCCUGCAGCUGGCAGAGGAAGCAGCCUCAGGGUGCUCUUUCAAGACAAGAACCCAUUCAUUGCUUUGCUGAGUUAUCUUUCAAAAAUCAGGCACAAGCAGGGAAUGCUGUAGUCAAGCACAGUAUAUGGGACAGUGACUGCUCAAAAUGUGCUAGUGUGGUCCAGUCACUGUACAGGGAAAGGAACUGUCCCAAGCCAACUUGUGAGAACUGGGAAAGCUCAGCUCCAGCUCUGUGAUGCACAACAAAGCAAAUUCCCAGAGACAGAUUUUCAGGGCUAGCUCAGGUUUGCACUCCUAUUUAUCUGCUAUUAGUUAUGUCCACUCUAUGUAUAGUGUUGACAGUGUAGUAGCUUCCUGUUCCAAGACAAGGACUAGUAACACAAUGAUGGAUGAGUGGACACUGCCUAAAGACAGGGAGCACCAUAAUGGAGUUGGGGUGAGCUUCACCCUCCCCUGUCUCCCCCUGCCCCCCUUCCCCUUCCCACUCCUCUGCAUUGGCUCUGGACUUGUCUCUGGAAAUGCAAAGGGCAGAGCAGCAGCAGUGGAGCAUGGUAGCAGUGGAGCAUGGUAGAGGAGCAGUGGCCAUAGGCUGGCUGCUGCAGGGGGGCGAUGUCACUUCCCUGUUGCUGGGGAAAAUCAAUGCUUUUUUGGCCACUCAGCAUAUGAUGGCAAAAAAAGGUGACAUCCUAACCUGCAGCAGCAAACCUCUGGCUUCUGCCCCUGCACCAUACAUUGCCACCACCCAGGGUGCAAAACUGGCCAGGUAAUCCUGUGGCAGGGACAGUAUCUGUUGCAUAUCUAAUAUGGGGGAGACUGCAGGGUUGGACUGGGUAAGGCGGUGGAAGCGAGCACACACUCCUUCCACAUCCGCUUACUGAUCUGGCUUUUUAGAAGGCAUGUAGCACAGUUCCGUGUGGCCAUGGCAGCAGUGGCAGUGCAGUAAAUAUAGUGCUUACUAGCCAAUUGCUCAUCAAGAAUGACGGGGAGAGGGAGCUGGGAUGGAGUGCCGCCACCUAAUACCCCAUGCUGCCACUGUUCUGCCUCUUGCCCCAUGCUGCCACUGGCCUCGGUUCCCCCACCCUCUGUCUGGUCCUCGACGUGGCUUCGGAAUCAUAGUGGCGCUCCCCCACUUUUGGAGUACUUUGAUUGGCUGUUUCUGUCAGCCAACCAGAACACAAAUAAAGUGUUACAGAUAGACAGACAGACAGAUGUAGGCUUUUAUAAUAUUAAAAUAAUAUACAUGAUAUAACAAUUUUUUACUGACCACUGCUACAUUUUUUUAAAGUUUUGGAGGGAUCUAAAAGUUUUAAAGAUCUAAAGUUUUCAUCUAAAAAGGAUGAAAAUUACAACUUUAGACAAAUGCCCAUCUUAGAGGAUUAAUUUAUUUUCAGUUACCCUGAAAGAUUUUCUGACAGAGAUCACUACAGAGAAUAUAUCUUGAUCCAUUCCUUGUGUAUGUGUGGACCAGUAUUUUGAAAGUAAUGGAAUUUUUAGUUCUGUAACACCCAUAAUCCCAUGAACCCAUGAAAAGAAACCCAAGACAAACCAAACAACACUGAAAAGAGUUUGUUCAAGUGGCCCUGAAAUGUUAAUCAUGUCAGUGAAACUAAAGAAAAGGUUAACAUUAGGUUUGAUAGAGGCGAAAAAAUUCAUUUGAUUGAAAAUGAAACAAUUUAAUAUUUUUAAAACCUUUUUAUUUUUAAUGUCAAAUUUUAAAUGAAAGCAUUAUGUUGAAAUGAACUGUUGAAACAGGCUUUUUCAACAUUUUUGUCAAUAGAAACUAUUUGCCAAACUUGACCUGGAUUCUCAAAGAAGUCCAGUCUUCUGAAAACUUCAUUUUUUGAUAAAUUAAUAAUUUGCCAAAAAGAACAAAUGUCUCUCUAGCAUAUGGCUGUGUGUUAUAUGAUCCAGCAGCCUUAAUCAGUAAAAUGCUUUGUUAUCUCAUCUGAAAAGUCCUGUGUAAAAUUGGAAUAUGAAAAAAGCUCUUAACUUUAAGGGUUUUUUUAAUGAAACUUCUGUUUUUGCUUAUAUUUAAAGUGGAUUCCAAAACACAUUGCACUCUUAAAAUGCUGCAUGUCCUUUACAUAAU